UUUGUUUCCUCAGGAAGGCGAAGAGACAGGCUGUGGAGGCCCAAGAGGUCCCCGAGGCCGUGGGGGUGGGGUGGCAAUGUGGUCACUAAGGGUCUAUACCCGCAAGAAGCGGGCCGGCCAGAGGCUCAACCUAACCCCGACGCCGGACCUAGGCCCCACCGCGAAGGCAGAGGCCCGCCCAGGUCCAGGCCUGAAAGGAAAAGCGCACCGUUUGCAGAAGAUCUCAGAGAAAGCAGAGAGCAGUGGGCAGGGAGUUAGCGGUUCUAGGCCACCAAGCGCUCGGUUAAGAGUUACAGGACAGAAAAGCCUGCAAGAAAAUAGCACUAAUGAAGAACCUCCGGAUGAGAAGAUUGCUCCAUUGAGUGAGUCAGUGACUGAUGACCUCCAGGUUGACUGUAGUUCAUCCAAUAGUGAGCUAGUGUCAGGACUAAGUGUGCAGCAUGGUAUUUCUAGUUCUCUUCUGAGCUAUUCAUUCACAGACUCUUACACAGAAUACAAGAGUUUUGAAGAGAGUUUAAGUAGUUUCCCAUCACCUGAACUCUUCAGAGGAUCAGAUUAUUUAGAUUGGGAAUGUCCCAAGUUGGAAGAACACAUGCGAUGCAAAAAUUCCACUCUUCUGGAUACCAGUAAAGCAGUAUCAAUAGAGAAGGUACCACAGUUUUCAAACGUCUCUGCAAUUUUAGGUAUGCCUUCAGAAGACUAUCAGAAAUGCCAUAGAGAAAUAGUGAUGAUGUUAGCAGACCAAAAUAUUUCUCUAAAACCAAAGAGUACUUCACAUUCAGAAUCAGAUAAUGCAGCUUGUGAAGUUUUACUUGCUGAGAAAACUUACCCUUCAGCCCCUGGAAAAACAAAGAAAAAAAGAACAAAUUCUAGUAUUCCUGAUAAGAAAAGCAGAGGCCUCUUAACAAGCACUCCAUCUUCGCAAACUGCUGGUUUAGUGAUUGAUUUGUCCUCAGUGCAGAGAGCAUCUUUUGAAGAACUGUUUCCAAAUGUCAGCAAUUAUGUUAAUUCAAAUGAAAUUGUUCCUGUGUCAAAUUUGCAAGAAAAUUCUUCAAAUGAGGUUCCUUCAAAUACAUCAGAAAUAUGUUGUAUUAUUAGAGCAACACCAGGAACUAGACAAAAGAAAAGUAAAGGUGUUAUUGUAAAGAAGAAGAAAUAUUCCCCACCUAAAGAUAUUCCUCAAGAUAUUAUGGUACAAGUGGCAGAGCAUCUUGCAUAG